AUGGUUCAGCAAGAGCUGGCGCCCAACUCGUCUUUUAAUCUCGACAAACACAUCUGCACCCCGAAACUUGUACCGGAGCUGCAUGUCGUGCUCCUGGUCGACGCCACUGGGAGUAUGGGACGCAGCAUCAAUCAUAUCAAAGCGAAUCUGUGCACGUCGAUCAACGCCGUCGACGAGGUGCACCCGAACACGCAGUUUGCUAUGGCUCCUUUCCAGGAUCUCAAGUCCCAUCUGGAACCUUUCACUGUGGUCCAGGAUCUGACAAGCGAUGUCAAGGCCCUGCAGGAAGCGGCGACGCGCCGAGCCACGAUCCCCAGCGGUGGACACUCGCAAGCCGAUGUUACCGAUGUCUUGAAGAAGGCGAGCAUCCGCGUCCUCGGCGUCAAGGUCGGAAGCCUUGAUAGCAAGGGGCAGGCCACGCACAUAACCGAGGCCACCGGUGGCACCAUGCUCGGCUCCGAACCCGACGCUGUCACCAAGCGAUUGUUGACGGGCUCACGAACCUCGACGUCGUCAUCAAGCCCGAGCGGCGCCAGCGCCACGCUCAUCGAGACUUUCGAGCUAGCCAGCAACGUUACCGAUGAUCACGCCACCCUCAGCUGUUCCAUAUGCUUCUUGCUGAACGGUGCGUCUGGCGGCGAUGCCUUCGUCCAGAAAAUCGAGGUGGCCGGCAAGCAACCCGUUGCCAGUUGCUUCACUUGUUCGCCUUUCCCCGGUCAAAACAAGUGCCACAAGUCCACCGUUUGCAACCCGCCGCCGUUUGGGAACAUGUGUCUGGCGGCGCCCAGGAAAAAGGCGGAUAACGCAGCGGACGAUGAUGUCGGAACGCAAAGGCAGGUUAACUGGCUUGGCCCUAACCAACACCGCGUCGCCCUCAAGCCGAGUGUAUCGGCAAAAACCGACUGCGGUGAGACGACGGGGCCAAAGGUCUGCGACGAGAUUCCCAUUGCGAAGUGCGAACCCAAGGUUUCGGAUGUUGUGGUCGAGAAUUAGCAUGGGUCAUGUCGUGAUGGGCGCGAAGG